ACUCCGGAUUGCGCAGGCGCGGUGCAGCGAGGGCGCCCGGGAGGGGAAAAUGGCCGCUCUGGGUACACCGGCGCGCACUCUCCGGGGUCUGCUCCGCGAGCUGCGCUAUUUGGACGCGGCCAUGAGCCGGCCCUACCGAGAUUCGGAAGCCUAUCGGUACCUCUUGAAGGCUUUUCGUGCACAUCGGGUCACCAGUGAGAAGUUGUGCCGAGCUCAACACCAGCUUCAUUUCCAAGCUGCCACCUAUCUCUGCCUGCUUCGCAGCGUUCGUGAGCAUGUGUCUCUCCACGAGGAAUUUCAUGGCAAGGGGGAGCGAUCCGUGGAAGAGUCUGCUGGGUUGGUGGGACUCAAGCUGCCCCAUCAACCUGGAGGGAAAGGCUGGGAGUCUUAAAGAUGCCGAGAAACUUCCUCCUGCUGCCCUCUUGCCAGAAUGGGAUUAUUGUACAAAUAUGUAUUUAAUCAUUAAAUUGUUCGGAAAGUUUAUGA